CAUAUGAUCCUGUGAUUUCGGAUCUUAAAAAUCUGGGAGGAUUCUGAUGGUCUCUUGAGAAUUGCUAGCUGGAUUAGAAGGUUUUCUUUAAAAAAAAAAAGCCUAAAAAUGGGCUCUUUAUUUCGGAGUGAAUCUAUGGCUUUAUGCCAAUUAUUUCUUCAAAAUGAAUCUGCAUAUAGUGCUGUGUCGAAUUUAGGUGAACUAGGAUUAGUUCAGUUUCGAGAUACGAAUGCCUCUGUAAGUGCCUUCCAAAGACGAUUUGUUAAUCAAGUCCGAAGAUGUGAAGAAAUGGAAAGAAAAUUAACCUAUGUUGAGAGUGAAAUUAUUAAAGAUGAAAUUCCAGUGCAAGAUCUUGAACAGAAUCCAACAGCACCCCAGCCUAAGGAAUUAAUUGAUUUAGAGUCUACCUUUGAAAAGCUUGAAACUGAAUUGAGAGAAGUAAAUUCUAAUUCUGAUGCUUUAAAAAAAACUUACUUUGAAUUGACUGAACUGAAGAAUGUUUUGAUUCAAGCUCACACAUUUUUUGCUGAUAAUUAUAAACCAGUGCAAGAAACUCAUCCUCAUCAUCAAGUAGAUGCAAUGGAUCAUACAAAUUUAGUUGCAAAUGAAGUUUCUGCAACACCAGCCCAGCAUGGGUUUGUCACUGGUGUAAUUCUCCGAGAAAGAAUAUUAGGUUUUGAAAUGAUGUUAUGGCGUGUCUGCCGAGGUAAAGUAUUUCUAAAACAGGCAGAACUUGACUCAGCUAUUGAAGAUCCCAUCACUGGUGCUAAACUGAAUAAAGUGGUAUUUAUGCUAUUUUUUCAAGGUGAUCAGCUUAAAGGUCGAGUUAAGAAAAUUUGUGAUGGAUUUCAUGCUACUUUGUAUCCUUGUCCAGAAAGUUACGAAGAACGUGACAAAAUGCUAACUGGUGUUAAAACACGUUUGGAGGACUUAAAUCAAGUCUUGAAUCAAACUCAAGAUCAUCGUCACCGUUUGCUAGUCAAUGCUGCCAAGAGUAUUAAAGUGUGGUUGAUCAAAGUUCGCAAAGUUAAGGCAAUUUACCAUACUAUGAAUUUGUUCAAUCAGGAUGUAACCAAAGAAUGCCUUAUAGCAGAAUGUUGGUGCUCUGAUAAACGAAUGUCUGAAGUACAGCAAGCAUUACGAGAUGCUUCGGAGCAAAGUGGCAGUAGUGUACCCUCAAUUGUAAAUCGUAUGGAAACUAAAGAAUCUCCUCCAACUUAUAAUAUAGUAAACAAAUUCACAUCUGGAUUUCAAAAUAUUGUGGAUGCAUAUGGUGUUGCCACAUAUACUGAAGUUAAUCCAGCACCCUACACUAUUAUCACUUUUCCAUUUAUCUUUGCUGUUAUGUUUGGAGAUUGUGGGCAUGGUUUAUUAAUGGCUCUGUUUGCUUUCUGGAUGAUUAUUAAAGAAAAACAGUUUUUGGCUAAGAAAGGUGAUAAUGAAAUAUGGAACACAAUGUUUGGCGGUCGUUACAUCAUCUUUUUGAUGGGACUUUUCUCUAUUUAUACUGGUCUGAUAUAUAAUGAUGCAUUUUCUAAAUCCAUUAAUAUUUUUGGAAGUCCUUGGAAAAUACCACAAAUGAAUGUCACAAAAGGUGUAAAAAGUGUUAUUUUAAAUCCUGUUGUGAGCUUCAAUGAUUCAAGUCCUUAUCCAUUUGGACUUGAUCCUAUUUGGCAAUCUGCUACCAACAAGAUUAUGUUUCUCAAUUCAUACAAGAUGAAAGUAUCAAUUAUUCUAGGUGUUUCUCAGAUGUUGUUUGGAGUUAUGCUGAGUAUUUGGAAUCAUAUACAUUUCAGACGCUAUAUCAAUAUACUGUGCGAGUUUAUUCCCCAACUUCUGUUUUUAUUAUCGAUAUUUGGCUAUUUGGUAAUUCUGAUUAUUUUAAAAUGGUUUUGGUUUGAUGCAACUCGUUCAUCUUGUGCUCCAAGUCUUUUGAUAUCAUUGAUAAACAUGUUUCUCAUGACCUACCCAAAAGAACCUUGCUAUUUAGUUUCAAUGUAUGAUGCUCAGGAAAUAGUACAGAAAUUUUUAGUUGCACUAGCCUUGGUUUGUGUUCCAUGGAUGUUGCUCAUCAAGCCAAUAUUUUUGCAUAUGGGCAGGCAUAGAUAUGAAGUUACACCUUCUGAAGGACAGGAAGAGCAUGGCUUUGGAGAUUUAUUUAUUCAUCAAGCUAUUCAUACCAUAGAAUAUUGUUUGGGAUCCAUAUCGCAUACUGCGUCGUAUCUUCGGUUAUGGGCUUUGAGUUUGGCUCAUGCACAGUUAUCAGAAGUAUUAUGGAACAUGGUGAUGAAAAAUGCCUUUUUGUUAAAUGGAUAUGCUGGUUGUAUAAGUAUAUAUGUUGUUUUUGCAUUUUGGGCUGCUCUUACUAUUGGAAUUCUUCUUGUAAUGGAAGGGUUAUCUGCCUUUUUGCAUGCUUUGCGUCUGCAUUGGGUUGAAUUCCAGAGCAAAUUUUAUGAUGGUCAAGGUUAUGCUUUUGUUCCUUUCUCCUUCAAAGCCAUUGUUGAAGGACAUUCAGAAGUGUAGGCACUGCUGAACAAUAUUUAAUCAAGAACUUUACAUUCCAGUGAUUUUUUGCAGUACUUAUGCCAAAAGGUUGUAAUUGUAGAAGUUCUUUCAUGGAAAGAGCAAACUAUUUUUGGAUGUUUACAGCUUUAAUCAAGAAAUAUAGCUAAAUAAAUUAUUUUGUUAUCUUAUUUUUAA